UCCUCUGCCUCUCCUUCAACAGUCCCACCUACAUCCCCGCAGCUUUGUCACUUUUAAAACGCCAACAGGCAAACCGCUUUAAGCUCGCAGCCUCUCUCUGCGCGCAUAGGCGGGGGAAACAAAACACUCUCCUCCAAAAUGCACCUGCAUAGGUGAGACGCACCAUCUAGGAGGGAUAACUUUUAUUUUACAAGAGCUACGUAUAUACAUUUUCCAGUUCGGGAGUACACUCCUGCCUGGCAGAUCGCCCUCCGAUGCAAUUAACUCAGGAAGACGACUUUGUGAAGGACUCCACCCCGACCGCCGCAGCCCUCCCGUCGGACACAAGCGCCGGACCUCCGGCCAAAAUGUGCAGCGAGUGCUACGUGAAUCAGUCAUUUGUGAACGACGAUGGGACGGUGAGCGCCCAUAAGCCACGCUCAUCCCCAAUACCACUUCAGACUAAUAGCAGCCACAGCAGCGGAGUUAUUCUGGACAUCUCCUCGCUGAAGAUGGAGCAGGUGGAGAGUGAAGUUCCUCCUUUGCCGCCCCGCUUUCGCUUUAGAGACCUGCUGCUCGGGGACCAAAACUUCCAGAACGACGACAGGGUGCAGGUGGAGUUUUACGUGAAUGAAAACACCUUCAAGGAGCGUCUGAAGCUCUUCUUCAUCAAAAACCAAAGAUCAAGCCUUAGGAUCCGUGUGUUCAACUUCUGCCUGAAGCUGCUAACCUGUCUGCUGUACAUAAUCAGAGUGAUGACAGACAGACCCGGUCAGGGCACGGGCGGCAGCCACAGCCUGGUGCAACAAAACGGCCAAAACGGCAACAACAAAUGUCCCGACUGCCAGUGGAAUGGAUCAGUGCAGGACAGAGAAAUCAACUGGGACUUGAUCUUCUGGGUGGAGAGGAAGGCUCCAGUCUGGGCCAUACAAGUGAUCGUGGCCAUCAUUAGUUUCCUGGAGACAAUGUUGCUCAUGUAUCUGAGCUAUAAGGGGAACAUUUGGGAACAGAUAUUUCAGGUGUCCUUUCUCCUGGAGAUGAUCAACACAGUUCCCUUUAUUAUUACAAUCUUCUGGCCUUCAAUAAAGGAUGUCUUCAUUCCUGUGUUUCUCAACUGCUGGCUGGCUAAAUGUGCUUUGGAGAACAUGAUUAAUGAUGUCCACAGAGCAAUCCAGAGGACAAACUCGGCCAUGUUCAACCAGGUCAUCAUUCUCGUCUGCACCCUGCUGUGCCUCGUCUUUACCGGCACAUGUGGGAUUCAGCACCUGGAGCGAGCGGGCCAGAACCUCUCCCUCUUCAACUCCUUCUACUUCUGCAUUGUCACCUUCUCCACUGUGGGCUUUGGAGACGUGACGCCGCGCAUCUGGCCCUCUCAGCUGCUGGUGGUCAUCAUGAUCUGCGUGGCUCUGGUGGUGCUUCCUCUCCAGUUCGAGGAGCUGAUCUACCUGUGGAUGGAGAGACAGAAGUCCGGAGGGAACUACAGCCGCCACAGAGCUCAGACGGAGAAACACGUGGUCCUGUGUGUCAGCGCACUCAAAAUAGACCUCCUCAUGGACUUUCUCAACGAGUUCUACGCACACCCCAGACUGCAGGAUUACUACGUGGUGAUCCUGUGCCCGAGCGAAAUGGACCUUCAGGUGCGGAGAGUGCUGCAGAUUCCCCUGUGGUCUCAGAGAGUCAUCUACCUGCAAGGGUCUGUCCUCAAAGACCAGGAUCUCCUGAGGGCAAAAAUGGAUGACGCAGAAGCUUGUUUCAUCCUGAGCAGUCGUAACGAGGUUGAUCGCAUGGCUGCAGACCAUCAGACCAUCCUGAGAGCUUGGGCCGUGAAAGACUUUGCUCCAAACUGCCCUCUCUACGUGCAGAUACUCAAACCUGAAAAUAAGUUUCAUGUUAAAUUUGCAGAUCAGGUUGUGUGCGAGGAGGAGUUCAAGUACGCCAUGUUAGCCCUCAACUGUGUGUGCCCUGCAACUUCCACCUUGGUCACGCUCCUAGUUCACACCUCCCGCGGACGAGAAGGACAGCAGUCUCCAGAGCAGUGGCAGAGGAUGUAUGGAUGUUGCUCUGGCAACGAGGUGUACCACAUCCGACUGUGCGACAGCAAGUUCUUUGGAGAGUAUAAUGGCAAAAGCUUUACGUACGCCUCCUUUCAUGCUCACAAGAAGUAUGGCGUAUGCCUCAUCGGCAUAAAGCGAGAAGACAACAAGAGCAUCCUGCUGAACCCUGGUCCGCACCACAUCAUGGCGGCCACAGACACCUGCUACUAUAUCAACAUCACCAAAGAGGAGAACUCAGCCUUCAUCUUCAACCAGGAGGAGAGGAAGGGCCGUCCUGCCGGAGGACUCUACGACGGGCCCUGCCAGCUUCCUGUGCACAGCAUCAUCGCAAGCAUGGGUACCGUUGCCAUGGAUCUUCAUAAUACAAGUCCACCCAAUAUAUCAGGGGGAAAACUGGUCCCCCCUACCGUAAACGGGACAGGCAGCCGCCGGCCCAGCAUCGCUCCAGUCCAAGAAAUUGCUGACUCGGCUUCGAUCCUGCCAUGUGAUCUCCUAAGCGAUCAGUCAGAAGACGACACCGUCUUCACAGACGAAAAGGGACGCUCGUCCACUGAGUAUGUGAAAGGUUAUCCUCCCAACUCUCCGUACAUUGGGAGCUCGCCCACCUUAUGCCAUCUGUUGGCUGAAAAAGCACCAUUUUGCUGCCUACGACUAGACCAGGGCUGCAUGCACAACAGCUUUGAGGAUGCCAAGGCUUACGGCUUCAAGAACAAGCUGAUCAUUGUGUCGGCGGAGACCGCAGGAAACGGCCUCUAUAACUUCAUAGUGCCUCUCAGAGCUUAUUACAGACCUAGGAAGGAGCUGAACCCCAUUGUCUUACUGCUGGAUAACCCUCCUGAUAAUCACUUCCUCGAAGCCAUUUGUUGUUUCCCUAUGGUGUACUACAUGGCUGGCUCCAUAGACAAUCUGGACAGCCUGCUGCAGUGUGGCAUAAUCUACGCUGAUAACUUGGUCGUGGUCGACAAAGAGAGCACCAUGAGUGCAGAGGAGGACUACAUGGCUGAUGCCAAAACUAUUGUCAACGUGCAAACUAUGUUCAGGCUGUUUCCAAGCCUCAGUAUUAUCACCGAACUUACGCAUCCAUCCAACAUGAGGUUCAUGCAGUUUAGAGCAAAGGACUGCUAUUCGCUGGCUCUGUCCAAGCUGGAGAAGAAAGAGCGAGACAAAGGCUCCAACUUGGCCUUCAUGUUCCGGCUGCCCUUCGCCGCAGGCAGAGUGUUCAGUAUCAGCAUGUUGGACACCCUCCUCUAUCAGUCUUUUGUAAAGGACUACAUGAUUCUUAUUGCUAGACUGCUGCUGGGACUGGACACCACUCCUGGAUCAGGGUUCUUGUGUGCCAUGAAAAUAACGGAGGAGGACAUCUGGAUCGGCACCUACGGGAGACUGUUCCAGAAGCUUUGCUCCUCCAGCGCUGAAAUCCCCAUUGGCAUCUUUCGCACCGAGUCUCACAUUUUCACCACUUCAGAGUCCCAGGUGUCCAUGAGCGUCGACGACUGCGAAGACACGAGAGACAGAGGGGACGAGUCUCGCGGCAACGACCAGUCGGAUUACCCCGUGCUGAGGAAGAAGAGCAUGCAGUGGGCGCGGCGUCUCAGUAAGAAAAGCGUGAGGUGGCAGGGGGGCAGCCGGGACUCGAGUAAAGACCACGCCCAGCGCAUCGCUCAGCAGCGUCUCAACCUCUACAGACGCUCUGAGAGGGAAGAGCUGUCUGAGCUGGUCCGUAACCGCAUGAGGCACCUGGGCCUCCCCACCUCAGGAUACGACGAUCUGACAAAUCUGACAGCCAGCGACGUCAUGAACAGAGUCAAUUUGGGAUACUUGCAAGAUGAGCAGAAUGACCACCAGAACACUCUGUCCUACGUCCUCAUUAACCCUGCUCACGAUACCAGGCUGGAGAUCAAUGACAUAGUAUACUUGAUCCGUUCUGACCCGCUGGCUCAUGUUCCUGAGGUGCCUCCAGUCCACAGCAGCAGCCUGAAAGAGAGACGCGAGUCCAGCAUGGAGACCAGAGAGGACACCCCGCUCUGACACAAGGCUGGCCUUUAACUGGUUCUCCUGGGUCAGACCCACUCCCAGUUACGGUCGGAGGAAGACGAUUUGGGCUGUAGUUCUUUCAGCGCUGAAGCCCACAAAUGUAUAACGUGAGUGCCUACUGCCUGUCUGAUCACAAUGGAUAUCAUGGGCGCCAUCUUCAUCGUCUUGCUGCAAACGCUGUAAAUACGAAUGCCGCACCAGUCUCUUUUCAGCUGCUUGAACGUGCAGGGAUUUCAGGGAGGUUCAUCGUACUUGCUGUCGGAUUUGGUUAGAAUUCAAAUGAAUUUCUUAGAUUUUUUUUAAUCUACAGUUUACCUAAUACUUACAUUUAGAUUAAUU